AUGAAGCCCGACAUCAUCUUCGUACUUUCCCUGCUCCUCAUCUUGGCGAGGCAAGCAGCUGUGAUGGGACAAAAAGGUGGAUCAAAAGGCCGAUUACCAAGUGAAUCUUCCCAAUUUCCACAUGGACAAAAGGGCCAGCACUAUUCUGGACAAAAAGGCAAGCAACAAACUGAAUCCAAAGGCAGUUUUUCUAGUCAAUACACAUAUCAUGUAGAUGCCAAUGAUCAUGACCGGACCCGAAAAAGUCAGCAAUAUGAUUUGAAUGCCUUACAUAAGACGACAAAAUCAGAACGACAUCUAGGUGGAAGUCAACAACUGCUCUAUAAUAAACAAGAAGGCAGAGACCAUGCUAAAUCAAAAGGUCAUUUUCAAAGGGUAGUUAUACACCAUAAAGGAGGCAAAGCUCAUCGUGGGGCACAAAAUCCUUCUCAAGAUCAGGGGAAUAGCCCAUCUGGAAAGGGAAUAUCCAGUCAAUAUUCAAACACAGAAGAAAGGCUAUGGGUUCAUGGACUAAGUAAAGAACAAACUUCCGUCUCUGGUGCACAAAAAGGUAGAACACAAGGCGGAUCCCAACGCAGUUAUGUUCUCCAAACUGAAGAGCUAGUAGCUAACAAACAACAACGUGAGACUAAAAAUUCUCAUCAAAACAAAGGGCAUUACCAAAAUGUGGUUGAAGUGAGAGAGGAACAUUCAAGCAAAGUACAAACCUCACUCUGUCCUGCGCACCAAGGCAACCUCCAACAUGGGUCCAAAGACAUUUUUUCUACGCAAGAUGAGCUCCUAGUAUAUAACAAGAAUCAACACCAGACAAAAAAUCUCAAUCAAGAUCAAGAGCAUCGCCGAAAGGCAAAUAAAAUAUCAUACCAGUCUUCAAGUACAAAAGAAAGACAACUCCACUAUGGAGAAAAUGGUGUGCAGAAAGAUGUAUCCCAAAGCAGUAUUUAUAGCCAAACUGAAGAGAAAGCACAUGGCAAGUCUCAAAAACAGAUAACAAUUCCCAGUCAAGAGCAAGAGCAUAGCCAAAAGGCAAAUGAAAUAUCAUACCAAUCUUCAAGUACAGAGGAAAGACGACUCCACUAUGGAGGAAAUGGUGUGCAGAAAGAUGUAUCCCAAAGCAGUAUUUAUAGCCAAACUGAAGAGAAAGCACAUGGCAAGUCUCAAAAACAGAUAACAAUUCCCAGUCAAGAGCAAGAGCAUAGCCAAAAGGCAAAUGAAAUAUCAUACCAAUCUUCAAGUACAGAGGAAAGACGACUCCACUAUGGAGGAAAUGGUGUGCAGAAAGAUGUAUCCCAAAGCAGUAUUUAUAGCCAAACUGAAGAGAAAGCACAUGACAAGUCUCAAAAACAGGUAACAAUUCCCAGUCAAGAGCAAGAGCAUAGCCAAAAGGCAAAUAAAAUAUCAUACCAAUCUUCAAGUACAGAGGAAAGACGACUCCACUAUGGAGAAAAUCGUGUGCAGAAAGAUGUAUCCCAAAGCAGUAUUUAUAGCCAAACUGAAGAGAAAGCACAUGGCAAGUCUCAAAAACAGAUAACAAUUCCCAGUCAAGAGCAAGAGCAUAGCCAAAAGGCAAAUAAAAUAUCAUACCAGUCUUCAAGUACGGAAGAAAGACGACUCCACUAUGGAGAAAAUGGUGUGCAGAAAGGUGUAUCCCAAAGGAGUAUUUAUAGCCAAACUGAAGAGAAAGCACAUGGCAAGUCUCAAAAACAGGUAACAAUUCCAAGUCAAGAGCAAGAGCCUAGCCAAAAGGCAAAUAAAAUAUCAUACCAAUCUUCAAGUACAGAAGAAAGACGACUCCACUAUGGAGAAAAUGGUGUGCAGAAAGAUGUAUCCCAAAGCAGUAUUUAUAGCCAAACUGAAGAGAAAGCACAUGGCAAGUCUCAAAAACAGAUAACAUUUCCCAUUCAAGAGCAAGAGCAUAGCCAAAGGGCAAAUAAAAUAUCAUACCAAUCUUCAAGUACAGAAGAAAGACAACUUCACUAUGGAGAAAAUGGUGUGCAGAAAGAUGUAUCCCAAAGCAGUAUUUACAGGCAAACUGAAAAGCUAGUAGCAGGCAAGUCUCAAAUCCAGGCACCAAAUCCUAAGCAAGAGCCACGGCAUGCUGAAAAUGCAAAAGGAGAGUCUGGCCAAUAUACAAAUAGAGAACAAGACCUACUCAGUCAUAAACAAAAAAGCAGACACCAACAUGGGUCUCAUGGGGGAUUGGAUAUUGUAAUUAUAGAGCAGGAAGAUGACAGUGAUCAUCAUUCGGCACAACGUCUUAACAAUGACCGAAACCCAUUAUCUACAUAA